GGCUCGCUGCCAUGCUGGAUAAAGAGCAGAUGGUGACCCGGACUGGGCAAGAAAACCCAUUCAGUUGCUCCGUGAUCUAUUCAGCUCCUCCACAUCCGAGGCAGCAGGACGACAGCAGCGGUAAUCACACUGACUGGUAUUUGGAGCAGUUCACAAUUCCCUCCACCUUGACGAAGGCCUCAGCUCUCGAAGAGGAAAACGAACCUCAGAGCAUGAUGCUGCCAUCACCUUGUGACACUUCGCAGACAGACAGCGGCGGCGAAGCUUUCAACAUGAAAAAAUUAUUCAGUUUCUCCAAGAAGAAACAAUCGCCGUCCCGUACGGCCGACAGAGGCAACGCACUCUGUGUGGGCUACGAGGUGAAAGAGAAAGACCUGGGCAAGUUUCUCAAGGCUGCCUGGCGCGGAGAUGUGGCCAAGUUGGAGCAUCUCGUCAAGAGCAAUGAUGUCAGUCAGCUGGACAAGCACAACAGAACAGCCCUUCACCUCGCUUGUGCCUGCGGACAUGCUGAGGUGGUGAGAUUUCUCGUGGAGAAAAAAGCCAAGCUCAAUUUAUGUGACAAUCAAAACAGGUCCGCCUUAAUGAAGGCAGUGCAAGGCCAGUAUGAACUCUGUACUAAUAUUCUGUUGGAAAACCACGCUGAUCCCAACCUGGUGGACACAGAGGGAAACUCGGCUUUACAUUUAGCCUCAAGCAUCUCAUCCGUCUCCACCGUUGACGCCCUCGUGGAUCAUGACGCUGACAUCGACGCCCAGAAUAAGGAGGGGAUUUCUCCGCUGACGGUGGCAGUCCAAGAGGACCACAUCGAAGUGGCCGAGAUUCUGUUGAAGAAAGGUGCCGACGUCAAUAUUUUGGACAGAGAUCGAAGGUCGGCGUUAAUGAUAGCUGCCGGCAAUGGUCACGUCAGCAUGGUGCGACUGCUCUUGCAGUUUCAUGCAGAUAUUACUCUGAAGGAUAACAAAGGACACUCGGCCGAGGAUUACGCAGUGAUUGAAGGCCACCACCCCUGCGCCAUCCUCAUUACUGAGCACGGUACCCUACGGAAUCAGGCAGCCUCUGUGUCUCAUCCUGGUCCAAGCAAAAAGAAGUUGAAAUCUGAGUUGGGCAAGGCUUCCCGAGCUAUUGAAACUGACUUCCCUGUGGGAGGACCGGCCACCGACAAAGAUGUCCGUUUUUUUAAAGGUCACUGCAUUGAUUCAGACUUGGAGGAGAAUUCUCAAGCACACUCACUAAGCCGGGUGUCAAAAAAAGGCGUCGCCGAUGAAUGGGCUUCCUCUGAUGACGACUGCGAGUCACUCAGUGUUGAAAAGACUCCACCAAAAAUGAACCUCAGGAAAAUGCUUGAAUCAAAACGAGGAAAAGCCAAACGUCUUUCGGAACCUGUCGAGGGAAACCGUGUUAUCAUAGAGCGACUGUCAGGAAGUGAGUCGAGUUCCGAAUCUCGAGCCCAGAAAUCGGAAGAUGAUGGCUCUGAGGAAGAAGAGGAAGUAGAUGAAGAUGAAGAAGAAGAGGAGGAGGAGGAUGACGAUAAUGAGGAAAAGGAAGAGGAGGCGGAGGAGGGGAGUGAGGAUGACUCUGAUACAGCUUCUGUUCAGUCGAACACUUCUUCAGAAGACGCGCAAAAUCCCCCCCUUGCGGAACUCGAUCUUGAUAGUGGGAAAGCUCCACAAAAACGUCAUUCUGAUCGUAUUCCCAGUCACGCCAGUGUGACUCCAGAUAAUCCUUCGCGAGCAUCUGGUAUGUCACGUUCGCAGAUGUUACGGUCGUUGGACGCGGACCAGGAUUUGGUCGUGUCAGCCGUUAGAGUGGAAUCGAAAUAUUCCGACGAGGAUGACGAAUUCAUGUUGUCACCGAAUCAAACGACCGUUUCGAAGUGCAGCGCGAGGCCCGGCGGCGCACAAAUGGACGAUUUGUCAAAGGAGCGUGAUGACAGCAAAGAAACGAGCCCUCAGAUCAAUCCUCAAACAAGUCAAAGAAUUAUGCUGGCAGAAGGCACAAAGGGAGACGGCGAACCGGACACGGAAGGUGGCGUUUCCAAAAAUGAAAAACGCAAAUCAUCAUGGGGCUCCUCCUUAGAGGAAACGGACAGUGACGGCUGUGAGGAACACCAUGACAUCACAAACAGGACCACGUGGCCAAAAGGCGGCGAGGCUACAUCGCCAGGAGGGACCGGCUCAUGGCCCAGAACACCCCACGAUCCACAAACGCCCCUUGAUGAAAUAGCGCCACCUCCCUCUCCACGUUUCAAAAACAGACCAUCAACAGCAGAUUCUGAUUGGGAUUCCUCAUCAGAAGAAGACGGGGCAACCGUUGCCGAAAUUCAUGCAAAAGUGACAUCAGAAGAGCGGUUGGUUGAACCCUCUCCGUCAUCCAAUGAAAAUGGCCGCGGAGAAACCCUCAGCGAAAACACCCCUAGAACCCGAGUCCAACCAUCCAAAUCCUCGCACGGCCAACCAGCUGAUGAGCAACCUGAGCUGAAACCUUCCACCACAACUAAUUUGCAACGUUCCCCACAAGGCGGGGAUACCCAUCCUCCCGUUGAAGAGUCCGCGAACAAACUCAACAAAGAGAAGAUGGCCGUUAUUGUGUCAAGCAAAACUGACGCCGCUGGCGAUCACCCGGAUGAAAGCGUGUUUUCCGAACCGUUGCCUCACACCGACAUUGACGAUGUUGAUUUGGACUCGCCCGAUGAGAAAGAGGAGGAUGAGAACGAUGCUAGUCACGAGGACCCAGACGGUGAUGAUGAAGAAGAUGACGACGACGAUGAGGACCAAGGGGAGGAAGAGGAGGAAGGAGAAGAGGAGUUGGCAGAAGAUGAGGAGGAGGACAUCUCAGAUGAUCAACUAGAAGGGAACAGAAGUCUCCCGGAUGGUACGACAGACGUCCCUGAAAAAAGAGACGCAUCCAAAGACGCAAAAAGCGGUGUUUGUUCAGAGUCGUGUCUCGAGAGGGAAGAGGAAGAGCAGGACUCUUGUGAUUCUGAGCAUGAAGACCAGAAAUUGCCACGUACAGAUCAACAAACCGUACACGCACAGAAUACUGUUGGAGAGAAGAUGGAAGAUGACUUGUUAUAUAAUCCCUCAUUUUUAAGAGGGGCAGGAGGCGGGUGGAUGCCCGAGCCUUGGUGGAGUAGAGGCAGGCAAAGAGGUAGCCUGCGAGUGGGCCUUGGUGCUGUUCCGUCUGCUGCUGAAAGUAAAGACACCAGAGAUGGUCAAAAAGAGGAUCCAAUGCGAAAAGAGAAUGAGGAAACCAAAUGGGGACUGCUUUUGAGCAAAUGUGAAGGAAAAAGCAAGGAAAAAACAGACCUGAUGGAGGAACUUGGUUUAGGAGAUUUUGACUAUGCUGAAGAUGCAUCAGACUGGGAUACAUCAAGCAAUAUCAGUAAGAAAAGCCUGCCUGGAGGCACAGAGACUCCCCCGACACCCGAAGAAUUGCCACAAUCCUCCAUUAAGGAGAAGGAGCCCGAUGAGUCACCAAGAGCACCCGUCGCUCCUCCGAGGAGGAUCGGAGCAGACGAGAAACGGGUCGCCGCUCCUCAUCCACAGCCUCGUUCCAAGAAGGCGGUGCCUCAAGAGAGUGACAAUUUGGAUUGUGGCCAAGACAUUUCGGCUUCAUCAUGCACGGCGGCCAAUCGGCACCUUCGGAAUGCGAACAGAGAUGUUUCAACAGAGGCAGAAGACAAAAGAUGCCAUUUGCAACAUGACAAGCAGCAAGAAGAGGAAAAAGAUCAUGCAUUCGAGUCAUGUGACUUGGAUUCAAGUCACCCACGCGCGUCUGAACUGGCGGGCUUUGUUGGGGGAGGCCAUAACGUGGUUCGAGAUCAGCAAAGACCCCAUGAUGAUGUUCAACCGCUGACCCGGUAUGAGAAGCUUUGGGAAGAAGUGGAGAUGAAAGAAGCAAAAUCCACCGUUGGAUUUGAAGAGCAGUUCAAAGCAGAAAGUUUCGCUGAUGAAAUGCAGAGGGCGUCUGCUUCGGACGAAUCUGCGUCGGAUUCUGCUGACUCCUUCGAGACCGAGGAGAAGAUACCGGACUGCCGCUUCCCUGCUCGUGAGAGCAUCAUGGUUGAAGAAGCCCUCCAUCGUGAGGCACCGCAAGCUGACAAGGCAAAGGAGGAGAGCAGGGUCGACUCCACUGGCCGCUGUAAACCUGAGCUUCGUCACAAACCUCAACUAGACGAACCUGAAAAAUACCACAACAACUCGAAGAACCCGCCAGAAUUUGCUAGUUCUCAGCCCCAGAGGCUCAACAGACAGUCUGCUUCUUUCCCUGUUGUUGCCCUUCAAGACUUUCAAGAGGACGUGAAGUUGAACCAGGAAGUCGAGAAAGAGGCUGUCAAGGAGACUCCCGAGGCUGCGGUUUCAGUGAAAAAUCCGAGUGCCUUCAGUGGCACAGGUGGGAACGCCUUCGAGGGGUUUGCCAUCGAGAAGCCCGAGGUUGGCUCAGUGAGCCUCAAUGAGACGUCGAGUCAGGCUGAAGACUCCCAACAAACACGGAAGCCUCUAACCUCUGACACCGUACCGGUGGAAUCCCAACUCUCACAUCAGCGGACCUCCGGCGUCGGCAAACCCAAAGAACAAGCUGUACAGAAGGUCUACGCAUCCAGAAGCCCUCAGACUGACAACAGAGAGCUCUCAUUGUUUGACGACAGCACUUUAAGUGACAUGUCGGAUGAUGAAGCAAGGCAUAAAACUAGAGACCCGAGAACAAAACAGCAGUCAGAAGAAAUUGAGAUGUGUGAAGAUAUUGACGAGCUCAAUUCGUCAUCCGACGUGACCACAGAUGAUUCAGACUUUCGCUCUUCAGGCCAUCGUUGUAGCUCUCUCUUCAUUCAGAACCUGGAUUCACUUGUGACUGACUCCAGGAGCAUGGUCAAGCUGCAGAACAUUUUCCACAAAUAUGAGCGCUCCAUUCAGAAGGCCAAAGGCCUUCACAGCUUUUUUGCCAAAAAAGCGAGCCUCCUGGAAACGGAUAAGGCUGAGCUACAGCACUCUCUGGAUGAGGUGAAUGAUGUCAAAUCGGCCUUGGAGCGCACUCAGCUGGACUUGCAAACGCAAGUCACCAACCUCAAAUUUCAGCUAAAACAGGAGCAGGAAAAGGGACGUAACGCCACCAUGAUGUACAACACCACCGAAGAUAAGCUGAGGAGGACAAAGGAGCAGCUGCAGGUCGAGGUUCAGGAGAGGCAGAAAGUGGAGCUGGCUCUUCUGAACUUGGAGCAGGAGAUGCGAAUACUAGUAAACAACACGAAGCAGCUGGAGAAGGACUACAAUCAGACCCAAACGCUGUUGGCUCAGGAGCGCAGCGCUCGCACAGUGCUGGAGAAUCUGCUCAGCAGUCAUGUGCGCAAGCAGCAAGAGAUCGAGGAGGAGAACAAAACGAACAUCAGCAAAAGUCACCAGGCCUUGUCACAGCUCACGGAGGCCAGCGACAGGGAGCGGGAGCUGCUCCAGCAGAUUUCUAUAUUUCACGAGCAGCUGAGCACCCUCAGAACUGACCUGGAGAAUUCCCAGGCCAGCAGCAGCAUCAAGCAGAGAGACCUCCAGGAGGAAAAUAAAGCCCUCAAGGAACAACUGGAAGAGGCCAGGCAAGCUCUCAAAGCCAACGGGAACACCAUGAACCAAACCGCCUUGGACUUCAACAACCAGACGGCCAUCAUGAAGUCCGAGUUGACCGUCACCGCGACUCGCCUGGAGAACGAGCGUCAGACCCGAGAGACCCAGGCGGCGGAGUUGGAGUCGGUCCGCGCUCGCCUGACCGCGGCGCUGCAGGAGGCCGAGCGCUCCAUGGCGGCCCGGUCGGACGCAGAGAAAGCUCUGCUCCAAGAGAAGGAGGAACACCGUCGUCUUAAAGACAGACUCUCGAGUGAGGUAUCCAGUCAGCACGAAGCAGUCAGCAGCCUUUCCCAGAAGUUGUCCAAGGCAGAGGCGCACGCCAACGGCAUGGAGAACGAGGCCCAUCGGGUCAUGCUGCAGCUGACUGAGAAAAACCUCCUGCUGAACACCGUGCAGCGCGAGAGCGACCAGAUAGCCACGCGCGUUAAAGAGCUUGAGGCCGCUCUGCAGGCCGAGAAGGAACUGGUCACUCGGGCCGCAGCGCGCCAAGAGGCUACACAGGAGCGCCUAGCCCAAGUGCAGAGUGAAGCCAUGUUGCUGCGGCAACAGCUGGAGGAGGCUCAAAACAAAGGUGUUGCAAAGGAGAAUGCCGUGACAGACGCCCAAAAGUCUUUCAGUGACAUUUUGUCCAAGCUUCGCGCCGACUGUGAGGACAGAGUACAACUCGUGCAGGACCGCAAUCAAGACCUGGCCGCAAAAGCUGCUGAACUACGAGAACAAAUCCACCAGUUACAGGAAGAGAAAAAUGAGAGAGAGGCAAGUCAGAGGCAGCUGCAGCAGGAGUUAGCAGACUCAUUAAAGAAGCUGUCCAUGUGUGAAGCCUCUUUGGAGAUCAACACCCGCUAUCGUAAUGAUUUGGAGGAAGAGAAGACUCGACUCAUCAACGACAUGGACAGUCUUAAAGAGAAGAUGAUUGAGCGAGAAUCCCAGUGCCUUCAAGGUGAGAAACAUGUGAACGACCUCAGAUGUCGUCUGGACGAACGAGAGAAAGAACUCGGCGCCGCCACUCAGAAACAGCAGGAGGCGCUGUCUGCUGCCGCUGCCGCCAAUGUCGUAGUCAAACAGCUGGAAGAGGCUGUGCAAAGGCUGGAGAUUGAGAAUGUCAAGCUCGAGGCUGCUGCGAAGCAACAGGCGAACAAAAUUGAAGCACUUCAGAAAAGCUCUCAGGAGGAGGCAAGGCUAUCUGACAGUGCGAAUGGACAAAUGGUCAGAGAUCGUUUGGAAGAUUUGGUGACCAACCUACAAAGUAGUAAGAUGACUUUAGAGGACCAACUCAGUAAAGAAGUGCAUAAGCAAAGCAUGUUGUCGAACAGCGCCCACGACUCGCAGGCCAUGUGGGAGGAGGAGCUCAAGAGCCGCUCCAAGUUGGGACUUCGUCUCGCAGAGCUCGAAAAGGAAAAAGGAGAACUCAGCAGCCAGGUGGAAACAGAGAAGAAGAAAGCAAAGAAAAUGGCAGAGCAGAAGAAGGCUGUCGAUUAUCGAUUGGAACAAGAGAUGGAGAGAAACACAGGGCUUCAAAGGGAAAUAAACAGGCUACGGACUCUAUGCAAAACGGCAAAGAGGACGGCGGAGAAAAUGCGCGGUGGCGGCGCAGGCGACUUUGCUUCUCCGCUCAGCAGUCUAAAGGUGGACCUGGGAAGACCCAGCUGGGCUGAUGGAGCUUUUGAUGGAAGAAGAGAAAAGGGAGAGCUGGAGAGGGGAGCGUUCCAAGGCAGCCUGUCGGACAGGAGGCUACUGGAGGAGGAGGUGCUCAACCUCAAACGCAGAGUGGAGGCCUCCGAGGUCGAGCAGAGGCAGAUGGAGCAGUAUCGGCGAGAGGUGGAGGAGAAAGCCCGGCAGGAAAUUCAUCAUAAACUACAGGAAGUCAACCUUUUCCUGCAGUCUCAAGCGGCAACCCAGGAGGCACAGGACCAGAUCCAAGCGGCCAACGAGGCCAGCCUGCGCUUGAAGAUCCAAGAACUGGAGAGCGAACUGAACCGAGCCCGAGCCUUCCAACACGACACCCUCAGCCAAAGAGAGUCCGCGCACACGGAGCUGGAGCGCUUCGAAGAACUCUACCAAGAGGAGCAGAAGCUGCGCAAAUCUCUCUCCGACGAUCUGAAACGGACUAAUCAUCAGUUCACGGAAGCCAGUUCCAGGUUGGUCAACGAGCGAGGCGGGUCUCUCCUCACCCCCCCUGGACCGCCGUCAUCUGGGCUUGUGGUCCCUCUGGGCGGCCCGUCCAGAAGCCUUUCCCCUCGGCUACUUGGCCCUGUGGCGGAAGGACAAAGCAGUAGUGUGGAGGACUACCUGAUCAUGAUGCAGCGCCAGUUGGACAGAAGCAUAUCAAGGGAACUCAACAAAGCCUCGGCGGAACUUGACGUCUCCUUGGCCCGCAUGUCUCCGGUGGGCUCCGCGGCAAGGGUGGACCUGGACCCCGUUAGCAGAGCAAAGCAGCAGUACUUGGAAGUCCUAAAGAAGAACCAUGAGGUCUAAGAAUCACUCGAGGGGGUCCCAGGAGUAACGCGUUGAGGUAGAAAUGUUUGGCUCCCGUGUCACCACUGACCUCUUCAUGUGUGGCUCGUCAGUAGAUGCCGAACAAUUUACUCUUAUCUUGCAUCAUUAAAGGGAGUCGCAGAGAAAUAUUCAGUCAAAGGUCACUUUUAAUCAGCAACUAGUAUUCGAAUGUUAUCGUUAUUGAUAAUGUUGCUUGUUUCACGGUUGGUCAUGGGAACGAAAAAGGUCCUGGUUAACAUAUUUCUCAAUGAACACAAUUUUGUUUUUGUUUUUUGAACAGAGGAACCCCAAGUUAAGUCUGUAUUCAUGUCACUAAUUUUAAAGGGGUCGAUUUUUUGGAGGGGUGGUGGCGCACCCAGGAGUUUUCUUUCUGCAGCGUUGAAAAAAUGUACAGGAUGUUUGUCUGUUAACCAAUACUGUAUAUAAAACUGCAAAACCCCCACCUUGCUGUAAAUUUCAGGGGUUUAAGUUGCAUGAGAAAGCCAAUAAAAUGACUUGAAGUGAACUUCAAAA